AUGUGGAACUCAUAUAUUGUACUAAUCAUCAAAUGGACUGCAAUUAUUUGCUUAAUAAAAGGCAUAACCUGUAUUAAGUUGGUGUCCCUCAAUGUUCCGCAACGGGUCCGGAAAGGCGGUGAAGUGGAGUUGUCGUGUUUGUAUGACUUGGGAAACGCAUCGCUGUAUUCAUUGAAAUGGUUUUAUCGUGAGUCGCAUCGGGAGAGAGACGAACAGGAAUUCUUUCGGUAUACGCCUCGCGGAAAACCCGUCAAACAGGUCUUUCCAUUGGACGGUAUCAAUGUUGACCUAAACAAAUCUGAAGGCGGAACUGUAUUGAUUAGUAGUAUUAAUAUGAGAACCGGCGGUAACUACAAGUGCGAGGUUAGCGUCGAGGGAACCUUUCAGACGGUGGCCGCAGAAAAGCUAAUGACUGUCGACCCUAACAGAGCCAUAUCUAUGAAAUCAAAGCAAAUGUUGGACACAAAUAAAUUAUUGGUAAUCUUUGUGUGGAUAGGGAAAUUCUGGACAUAA